AUGCUUUUACAUAAAAAGGUAAAGAAAAAAGUGAAAAGUGCGCAUACUCCAGCACCAGAGGAGAAAAUAAGGGAUAAACAAGAUAAAAGUAACAGUCCAGAUGGAAAAAAAAAAAGGGCAGCGCCAGAAGAACAACACGUUUCAGCUGCUGAAAAUGCCGACAAAGAAAAAGAGCGCUUAAAGAAGAUGGAGGAAAAGCGUAUUGAAGAAAGAAAACCCAAAAUUAUGAAACGAAGUGCUAAAGAGGAACGAAUAGCGAAAGGUAAAGUGACACGUGGCAAAGGUGAUUAUUCGACUAUGGACGAUGUACUGAGUGAUUGGGAUUCUGAAAGAGAUGGUAAAAAGAAAAAUGAGGAUGAUGGUCAGAAAUCAAGAGCCAAUACAAAUCUCGAAGAUGUUGAUGACAUCAAAAAGAUUCCAUUACUAGCUUUUUUUGCAUUAACUAAGUAA